AUGUAUCCUCCCCUGGUUUGCUUCUUCUUCGCCAUCUACUUUGUGUCCGUCACCACAACCAAGCUCCUGCGCCUCUCUCUCAACGCACACGUCUUCCCGACCGGCGUCUUCGUCUUUUGCCUGCCGGCAUUCAUCGUCCCCGACCUUGUAUUAAUUACUUUGAUUUGGAUUCUGCUGCGUCGGAGGAAUGGCCUGUUUGCCUUGCUUGGUUUUGGCCUGGCCUGCUUGAUCUGCUUCGUUACCCUUGGCGCCGCCUCGUCUCAGCUGGGCUUUUUUUACCAAACCGGCGGCGAGAUUGACUGGGGAGAUGCGACGACGUUUGCCUUUAGCGAGGAAGGCCGAAAGGUCCUGCUGAGCGAGGGGAAGACGCCGCUCGCAUUCACCUGCAUCAUCCUUGUAGUGUCCUGGCUUGUCAAGUUCCGACUGUACAAAUUUGUGAGCUCGGCCCUGGCUGCGGUCGAGAUUUACGCACAAUCAGGUUUGUUCUGCCUACUGCCUGUUCUGGUCCCACCAAACGGCACCAAGCAAACGGAAUGUCUAACACGUGUGUCGCCAGUUAUUCGAUGGACUGCAUCCAAGGUUGGACUCUCCAAGUUGACAAAGGCAGAGAACGAGUCAUCUCUCCUGCCCACCCAAGAAUACGAAUUCGACUCGGAUUCUGAUUCCAGCUGCGAUGGCCCGCCCAACAACACCACACGCCGACGGCUGGGCAAGACGGACUCCGCGUCCACGCGUGCCAUGCACUGCCCAGGCUUCAUUCCGUGGAGCUAUGGGAUCAUGGUUCUGCUGGGAUUCCUGGCCAUUUUGAUCCUCUUUGAUCCCGAGCGACCGUACAGCCGCAUGUUUACCACGUUGCCUCUACCGCUCUUGGCCGUCUUCGCCCCCAAGUCGAUUGAGUGUACAUCAAGCUCGUGGCCACUGCCCAAUCUUAUUGAUCGUUCAAACUGGGAGGCUCCCCGGGGCAACUUUAGGGGGUGGGCGCCAGGCGCGGCGAAUGACAUUAUACAAAAGUACCGAGACAGGAAACCCGAAUGGCUGCCAUCCGAGCUGCCCCAGGGUUUUACUCGCUGGACCCUCGAGGCCAGGACCGGUGACGUCAAUGAGCUUCUCAAGAACGCGACUGGCCACCAUGACAGCUCCUGUCCCGAUCCGCUCGUCUUGGACCCGUACUACAACCCCGCCAACGAUCCCAUGAAGAUUAGCAACCUGGAGAAUCCUGUUUUGAAGCCGUUGGAGAAGAUAUUGCAGGACGGCUCAGUCAAGAUUAAGCACAUUGCCAUUAUCUUGAUGGAGAGCAUGCGAGAGGAACUCUUUCCCCUGCAGCAGGGCUCCAGCUUCCACGACCUCAUCAUCAAGUCGCACGACGAGCUUGACCACGACGACAUCAACGAACUGCUGUCACACAUCUCCCCCAACACCGAACGCAUCACGGGCAGGUCUGGUAACUGGAAGAGCAAAAACGGCACUGCGUUUGGUCGCAAAUAUUCGGAAUGGAACGACAAGACCGAGGACGGCUUUGGCGGCGUCCACGUCGUUGGCGGCCUCACCACCAGCAGUGUAUCAACCAAGAGUUUGGCUGCCGUCCACUGCGGCGCUUGGCCCAUGCCUGUUGACAUGUUUGAGGAGGCUGAGACGGAAAGCUACCAACCGUGUCUCCCCGAAAUACUCGAGCUCUUCAACAGGCUGAAGAAGAACACAACUUCGGACAACUACCACGAACAGCAGUGGUACCCGGCCUUCUUCCAGGCCGUCACCGACGGUUACGAUCGGCAGGACAAGUUCGACUCCAAGAUUGGCUUCAAGCACAUUGUCAACAAGAACCGCAUCAAGCAAGACAGCGAGAACAACCCCGAGCUGGAAGAGAUUAAUUAUUUUGGGUUCCCGGAAACGGCGCUCAAAACGUACUUGACCGACUACAUCACCAACGCGACGGCGAAUAACCAGCGCAUGUUCUUGUCGCACUUUACCAGCACCACGCACCAUCCCUGGGCAGUGCCCAAGUGGUUCAACUCGAGCGAGUACAUGGGUUCCGCGCAGGGUCUGAUGCAGACGCACAAGGACCUCAACAGCUACCUAAACACGAUCCGUUUCAACGACGCGUGGAUUGGCCAGCUCAUGCAGAUCUUUGACGAUCAGGGCAUCUCCGACGAGACCCUGGUCAUUUUCGUGGGAGAUCACGGCCAAGCAUUCAAGGAGGAUUUCAGCAAGACGGGCACAUACGAGAACGGCCACAUUAGCAACUUUCGCGUACCAAUCACCUUUAGACACCCUAAACUACCCCGAGUCGAGCAUAGAGUCAACGCCACGUCCCUCAGCAUUUUGCCCACCAUCCUCGACCUCCUUGUGAAUACCGGCUCUCUCAACGAAAAGGACACGGCGGCCGCCGCAGACUUGGUGCAAGACUACGAAGGCCAAUCCUUGAUUCGCCCCUUUGAGACGACGCGCAAGGGGCGGCGGGCCUGGAAUUACAGUCUCGUCAACCCCGGCGGGAGGAUGCUCACAAUCACAUCCUCGGAUGCACCUUGGAGGCUGGUCCUUCCCCUGGAUAAGAAGACGGAAUACGUAUUCUCGGACCUCGGCCAGGACCCGAUGGAGCUGAAUCGUGUUUUGGAGUGGUCCAUCAACAGCCUAGCAUCCACAGUCAGAGGCAAGUAUGGCGAUGGCGCUGCUGAUUGGCUGAUUGAAGCAGAUAAAGUUGGUCUUUGGUGGGCGGCGGAGCGAAAACGACUUUGGAAUUACGACCCUUCAUCAUAG